AUGUACAAAUGGGCUGAGGCGUGGCGCUCAGGGCAGCUGAUCGCGGCGGCUCGCGCUCGUGCCCGCGGCCCCCGCUGCCGACAUGGGGAAGUAUCUGCAACACACAUAAAUUGUCAGCGGUCUUCGACACACACGACGUGGCUGCAGCUAGCGGCGACUACAGGCCAAGAGGCGGCGAUAUGUCACAUCACGCGCGGCCUCGUCAUGCAUCGUUCGCCUCACAUGCACACUCUUCUUACCAAGGGUGUUACUAUAAAGGUCAAACAUUCUGAUAUAUCUAUAACUAGCUAA